AACACAUUUUCUCCUGCAGUCUCAGUCAUUCUGGUUAAUGCUUGUAAGAGUGUGGAUAUGAAAAUGGGAGUGCUUUGCUCUAUGUCCAUGCAGCUCUUGCUGGUAACACUGGCCACUCUGGCUGGGACCUGUCUGGGUGGGUCCGAUGGGCCCCGUGGGGUGGCUCUGCCUUUUGUCUUUGACCCCAAAGCAACGUGUGACCCACCUUGUAAACAUGCUGGCAUCUGCAUCCGAAACAACACCUGCUUCUGCACAAGAGGAUAUGAGGGAGAGACCUGCCAAUAUGCAAACUGUUAUCCGAAGUGUAAAAAUGGUGGCGAGUGUCUUCGACCUGAAAAGUGUAGAUGCCCUACUGGAUUUGGAGGGAAAUAUUGUCAUAAAGUGGUGUGUGACGGUGGCUGCUGGAAUGGUGGCGAGUGCAUUGCUGUAAACGGAAAGGCAAACUGCAUCUGUCCCUCAAGCUGGACUGGCUCCAAAUGCCAAGAUGCGAUAUGUCCACAGGGAUGUAGGAAUGGUGGCAGCUGUGUGGCUCCUGGAAUAUGCAGCUGUCCAGAGGGAUGGAUAGGUGGAGCCUGCCAUACAGCUGUGUGUCAAAAACCGUGCCGGAAUGGGGGGAAGUGUGUGUCACCUAACACCUGUCGCUGUCGAGCUCCGUUCUCAGGCCCGCAGUGUGAGGAGAGGAAGAAGCUCUUCUGAUGUCAUCUGACCUCUGACCUCACUGAUGACUCUUCAAAGUGGUGCUAAAGUUUCAUGUUUGUUUGCUGUACCUCACAGAGCAUGUGUUUUCUACAUUAACAUUGUACAUUAAUUUACCUUUUUUUGUAUUAUUAAGUAGUAUUUUUAGAAAAACUGUUGAAUUUCAAUGUUUCAACAAUUAAAUCAAGAUAA